CUUCUCUCCGGCACACGCAAGAUGGCGGCGGUGGAGCUGGAGUGGGUGCCCGAGACGCUCUACAACACCGCCAUUUCGGCCGUGGUCGACAGCUACGGCCGCGCUCGCCGCCGCGACAUCCGCUCCUUGCCCGAAAACAUCCAGUUCGACGUCUAUUACAAGCUUUACCAACAAGGCCGGCUGUGUCAACUGGGUAGUGAAUUUUGUGAACUAGAAGUUUUUGCAAAGGUGCUCCGAGCUUUGGAUAAAAGGCACCUGCUUCACCACUGUUUUCAAGCGCUGAUGGAUCAUGGCGUGAAGGUAGCCUCCGUCUUGGCCUACUCGUUCAGCCGGAGGUGCUCCUACAUCGCGGAGUCCGACGCCGCCGUAAAGGAAAAGGCGAUCCAGAUUGGCUUUGUCUUAGGAGGGUUCCUCUCGGACGCCGGGUGGUAUAGCGACGCCGAGAAAGUCUUCCUUUCCUGCCUCCAGUUGUGCACGCUCCACGAUGAGAUGCUCCACUGGUUUCGCGCCGUCGAGUGUUGCGUCAGGUUGCUGCACGUGCGGAACGGCAACUGUAAAUACCAUUUGGGAGAGGAGACCUUCAAACUGGCACAGUCUUACAUGGACAAGCUGGCCAAGCACGGCCAGCAGGCUAACAAAGCGGCCCUGUACGGAGAACUCUGCGCUCUGCUCUUCGCCAAGAGCCAUUAUGAUGAGGCUUACAAAUGGUGCAUAGAAGCCAUGAAGGAGAUCACGGUGGGUUUGCCCGUAAAAGUAGUCGUGGAUGUUUUGCGGCAAGCUUCAAAGGCUUGUGUGGUCAAACGUGAAUUUAAAAAAGCAGAACAGUUGAUAAAACAUGCUGUCUACCUAGCCCGGGAGCAUUUUGGAGCCAAACACCCUAAAUAUUCAGACACACUAUUAGACUAUGGGUUUUAUUUACUCAACGUAGACAAUAUAUGCCAGUCCGUUGCAAUUUAUCAGACAGCACUGGACAUCAGGCAGUCGGUGUUUGGGGGCAAAAAUAUCCACGUAGCGACAGCUCAUGAAGACUUGGCUUAUUCCUCUUAUGUGCACCAGUACAGCUCGGGAAAAUUCGACAAUGCGCUAUUCCAUGCAGAACGUGCCAUCGGCAUCAUCACCCACAUCCUCCCAGAAGAUCAUCUUCUCCUCGCUUCCUCCAAAAGAGUUAAAGCGCUGAUCUUGGAAGAGAUCGCCAUCGACUGCCACAACAAGGAAACGGAGCAGCGGUUGCUCCAGGAAGCCCACGAUUUGCACCUGUCUUCGCUCCAGCUGGCCAAGAAAGCCUUCGGGGAGUUCAACGUGCAGACGGCGAAACACUACGGCAACCUAGGCCGGCUGUACCAGUCGAUGAGGAAGUUUAAGGAAGCGGAGGAAAUGCAUAUCAAAGCGAUCCAGAUCAAGGAGCAACUUCUCGGCCAAGAGGAUUACGAAGUCGCUCUUUCCGUGGGACACUUGGCCUCGCUGUACAAUUACGACAUGAAUCAGUAUGAAAACGCCGAGAAGCUUUACUUGAGAUCCAUAGCAAUCGGAAAGAAGCUGUUUGGGGAAGGCUACAGCGGACUAGAAUACGACUACCGAGGGCUCAUUAAACUGUACAACUCGAUUGGCAAUUACGAGAAAGUCUUUGAAUAUCACAACAUUUUGGCCAACUGGAACCGGUUGCGGGAUCGACAGUUUUCGGUCACGGAUGCCCUGGAAGACGUCAGCACCAGCCCUCAGUCCACCGAGGAAGUGGUCCAGUCGUUCCUGAUGUCUCAAAACGUUGAAGGACAAAUUUGCUAAGGAACAUGGUCAACUUUCCCAAUGGCUAUUUCUUCUUCUUUUUUUGUUUUCCCCGAAUUUACAUGGGAAAAGUCAUACUGUGAAAUUUGAAACCAUGUAGUUUAUUUUUUUUUCCUCCUGGAAGGGGCUGUAAAAUUUCCAUUGAAACACUGGUCCAGUCCAUAAAUUAAUUAUCCCCCUGUUCAGGGGGGGGAUGAUCCUGAUUUUUGAUGGAGUGACCGUACAGACAACAUGUGUGCUAAAAAAAAAAAAAAAUCCUUACCAGCAUGAGUUCGGCAUGUUUUCGUUUUGGCUCACUUUUUCAACUUAAAAAGAUAUAAACCUAUUACACACAUAUAUAAAAGGAAAAAAACGUAGACAUCCCUAGCGAUCUUCUCUAUUUUUCAUUUUUAUUUUGUCCAAAAGGAGCCACUUUACCGGAGAUUUCUGCAAGAGUUAAAAGAGAGAAAUAAAACCCUUUAAUGAUUUUUAA